UAAGUUAUUCGUAAACUUCCCUUUCUCUCUGUCACUUUCUGCUUCUCCCGCCGCUAAUCGCGCAUAUUCCCUCACGCGCCGCCACCCAAGAUCAACGGAUCCUCUUUCAAUUGCGUGACCGCUUCAACUUCAACCGUCAAUUCUCCGGCCAAAUUAAGUGGAAAAGCCCCAUUUCCAGAAUUUCUCUGGCGAAGGGGCUGCUAAAGCAAAGAAUCUACAAUUAGUCGAAAAAGCAAAUGCUUUAAUUUCUUUCCCUUUUGAAAACCAAAAUUCGACCCCUAUAAAAAUUUCCGUUUGUGAAAUCGAAGGGAUGCUAGUUUACAGCGUGUAUAAAUGUCAGUUAUACUCGAGCGUCUGAAAUUAAUGAUACAUGGAUUUCAUAAAUCAUCAUCAAUGAGCCCGAAGAGAUUGGACGGUCCAGAUGAUGCGAGGCCCUUGCCUUACCUAAACCUUUCUCAGCCCGACACUCUUAAAAAUAACCGUGAAGUAUUUGUACUGCCGAUGUUGGAGGCUGUACACGAGGUUUCCAUUUAUAUUCACCGAUUUCACAACCUUGACUUGUUUCAACAAGGAUGGUAUCAACUUAAGAUUACGAUUAGGUGGGAGGAUGGUGAUUCUGGUUCGUUUGGAACGCCAGCUAGAGUUGUUCAAUAUGAAGCUCCUGAUUUGGGUUCGGAGGAUAUAUAUGGGGUCUGGAGAAUUGACGACGUAGACCAUAGCUUUUCAACACAGCCUUUUCGAAUCAGAUAUGCAAGACAGGAUAUUCUUUUGGCAAUGAUGGUCUCUUUCAAUUUAUCUCUUAAUAAAUUUGAGAAUCCAUCCACUUCUGCUGUUAUUCUGAAGUUUGAGCUGUUGUACGCUCCCGUUUUAGAGAAUAGGUAUAGUGUUCAGGCUUGUUUGGAUACAUGCCCAUCUGCAAUCCACGAAUUUCGUCUCUCUCCUAAAGCUCUUUUGGGUUUGCACGCCUAUUGUCCCGUUCAUUUUGAUGCUUUCCAUGCUGUCGUGGUCGAUACAAGCGUACACGUCAGCAUGCUGAAAAGUGGGGUCCGCAUUUCCUCUGUGAAGGCACUCAGUGAUCCUCGAGCUAGCGACGAUGAUUUUGUUGGAGAGAAUGAUGAAUCAAAGCAAGUUAUGCUUGUGAAAGCAUUAUCUAGUGCUCGAGACAUACUUGUGGAAGAGCUACAAAAGCUGAGCAAGGGUAUCAAUCAACCAAUUGAUAUGAAAGAUAUUGCUUCCGAUAAAUUGGCUGGUUUCAGUCCAAGAUCAGAUGAGGGUAUUUCCGAUAUUUCACCAUCGAAGAAACCAAACGGUGAAGUUGAUUCUCAACAUGAUGGUUCUCUCCAUUUAUUGUCCGAGGAUAAUCUACACAAGUCGUUCGAUUUGAUUGGCGGUCAAGUGUUUUACUUAUGGAGUACAUUUCUAAAUUUUCACAGGGCUAACAAAACGAAGAUUCUUGAAUUUCUUUGCAAUCAGUGGGCUGUCGAUCGGAAAGCUGAAUGGUCAAUCUGGAUGGUUCAUACCAAGGUUGAGAUGCCCCAUCCUUAUAUAAGCGGUGUGGUCGAUGAUUCCUCUAACCAUGGUUUACGGGGUAGAGGAUUCAAUCUACGAAAGUUAACAGCCGAUCCUGCACAGACUGCAGCUAUGCGAGCAGAGCUUCAUAGGAGAAGUAUCGCCCAAAUGAGGAUAAACAAUCGUUUUAUUCAAGACUUGCAUAUAUUUGGAGACCCAUCGAGCAUCCCUAUUGUAAUUGUGGAACGAGUUGUCAAUGCACCUGUACGUACAACCAGUGGGAAUUCUUACUUUAGCCAGCUGGACCAGAAAGAUAUACAAAACGUGAUAGCUGACGUGGACUCUAAACCCUCAAACAAGUUAUCUGGCGAAACUCGUCAAAAUGGUCGUGUUCUGAAGAUUGUAGUCUUUGUCCAUGGAUUCCAGGGACAUCAUCUGGACUUACGGCUUGUCCGAAACCAAUGGCUUCUAAUAGACCCAAAAGCGGAGUGUCUUAUGUCAGAAGCGAAUGAAGAGAAAACGUCUGGCGAUUUUAGAGAAAUGGGACAAAGGCUCGCAAAAGAAGUCGUUUCUUUCGUUAAAAAGAAAAUGGACAAGGCUUCUCGAUCCGGGGUCUUGAGAACAAUUAAGCUCAGUUUUGUCGGACAUUCAAUCGGAAACAUCAUUUUACGAACUGCACUAACAGACAGCAUUAUGGAACCGUAUCUGAGAUAUCUGCAUACGUAUCUGUCAGUGUCGGGCCCACAUCUAGGUUAUCUUUAUAGUUCGAACUCGUUGUUUAAUGGGGGUUUGUGGGUGCUGAAGAAGCUCAAGGGUACUCAGUGUAUUCAUCAGCUGACAUUUACUGAUGAUCCUGAUCUGCACAAUACUUUCUUGUACAACUUGUGUAAGCAAAAAACAUUGGAGAAUUUCAGAAAUAUUAUUCUGUUAUCUUCACCCCAGGAUGGCUAUGUACCAUACCAUUCCGCUAGAAUCGAAACAUGCCACGCAUCUUCAUCAGACACCUCGAAAAAGGGCAAAGUAUUUCUCGAGAUGCUAAACGAAUGCUUGGACCAAAUACGCGCACCUUCCUCCGAACACCGUGUGUUCAUGCGUUGCGACAUCAAUUUCGACAUUUCAUUACAAGGAAGAAACCUCAACACCAUCAUCGGACGAGCUGCGCAUAUCGAGUUCCUCGAAUCAGACAUCUUUGCAAAGUUCAUAAUGUGGUCCUUCCCAGAUUUGUUCCGCUGAUUUGCAGGAUUAUUAAUAACGAUUUUCUCCUGUCUGAAUGGAAAUCUAUGCUCAAAUGAUCGAGACUGCAUUAAAGCGCCAUCCAGCCUCCAUUUUUUUUUACGUGAGGGCCCUCGGUAUUUUCAGGUAGUGUAUAUUAUUUUCUGUAACAUCUUAUAUAUUAUUAUUAUAUUAAAAUCCUUAGAUUUGUUUAGAUUAAUCUCGACCAUUAAUUGUAUCAUAGACUAGAACUCGUGAGGACGAUAUUUACGUAAAGCUCUAUUACGUAAGGGGGUUUUCUGUACCAUAAUACGGCUAGUAGUCGGUUGAUGUGCAGUAGUAUUAUUAUUAUUUUUAUUUUAUUUUAUUUUUUUCUGGACAGAAUAUCCUUUUCUUUGUAAUGAAAUUAGUCAGUUGCAGUUCGACAAUUCGCCAUUUGAACUUGUGAUUUAGCUCGAGUAGUCGGAAUUUACUCUGUGAAAUGAGGUGGCAAAGUUAAAUCUAAUUUUAUGUGGCAGUGUGGUUUGAGU